UUGGUAAAAAAUUUAAGGUUGGUUACUUUUGCAGGGGAUUUGUGUAUAAAGCAGGCAAGUAUUAGAUGAAUACACAUGAAGACAUGGUGCGUCCAAGGUUGGAUAUUCACUUGAUGAAGCCUAUUGUCAUCAACUAGAUUGAGGUGGUGGGUCCUCAGGAGGAAAAUAUAGAUUCACUUCACAGAUGCAGUCAAUUCUGAUGGCCAAUGGAGCCAAAAUCUGUCACAUGUGCCAGACAAAUUAAAUAUUCUAUAUAUACAUAAAUGUAUCAUCAUCACUAUAAGCAUUCUAAGCUGUGUUUCUUCUGAACAGCUGUUCAGAGUCAACUGCUUGAAUUAUAUCUCCAAAUCAUUAUUAAUCUUUGAACUGACUAUUUGUUUCUCUAACUUCCUUCUAUCCAAAAAUCUUUCGGAGAAUAUUAUAUAUAUUGUUUGGCCAAUUCAGAAUUUCGGGGCUUUCUCAUUGGACACCUUGCGGAAGAAAUGAAUCAAUGAUAGAUGAAUACGAUAAACUACAUAUAUCUGUCCAUAUCGUGAUAUGUGUUCGUGUUAAUCCGGUCCAAGUAUUCCAAAAACUCAUUGACUGAGACCACUAAACACUCAUCCUCAAGUUGAUCAAGUUGCAUGAGCCAACACUAGAUAUAUUCUCCUACCCUUAACCAAAAAACUCCUAUCGUAGUCAUUGUUGGGAAUGUCUUAGCUAGGUUCGAGAGACUCCUACUUGUGCAAUGAAUAACUUUUCCAAUUCACUAAAGAAAGGAGAGCCUAAACACAAUAUAUGACCUUGAGGUGACGGACAGGGACGAAUUCAUGAAUUGGAGAUGGAUUGAGCUGUGGAAGGGGUAGGCUAAGCACCCAAACAAAAUCAACAAAAAGAAAAAGAAAGAAAAAACAACACAUCAAUUCUCCUUGUUGUCAAGUUGUAAGCUAUACUAUACCUAUGUAAGUUUUUUUUUCGAGUUGUAGCUUAGAUAUGUCUCUGGUCACGGGUUCGAGUAGACCUAAUAUGGUCUCACUCUUCUUCGGAACCCUACACAAAUAGGAGAUUUAUGCACCGGGCUAUCUCUUAGAGGAAAAAUCUAAAUGAAAGCGGGGCAUCACAAUCUCUCUAGUCAUAGUAGAUUUAUUUGAAUUUAGACCAUUCAAAUGAGCUAAAGUCAAGCUCACGAGUGCUAGAAGUUGGUAAGUGGAGCCUUUAUAUACAUAUAUAACCGGAGACAGAGUUAUGAGUUAGUUCUUGAGAAUUGAGAUGGGGAGGAAGCCAUGCUGUGACAAAGUAGGGUUGAGGAGAGGAUCAUGGACAGAAGAGGAGGACAAGAAGCUGAGCGACUUCAUGCUCUCUCAUCAAGCCUCAGGUUGCUGCUGGAGAGCUGUGCCUAAGCUUGCAGGUUUGCUGAGGUGUGGGAAGAGCUGCAGGCUGAGAUGGACGAACUAUCUGAGGCCUGACCUCAAAAGGGGUCUAUUGUCAGAAGACGAGGAGAGAAUAGUUAUCCAUCUCCAUUCCAAGCUCGGAAACAGAUGGUCUAAGAUUGCGUCGCGUCUGCCUGGAAGAACAGACAAUGAGAUCAAGAACAUCUGGAACACUCACCUCAAGAAGAAGCUCGACAAGAUGAGCAAGGAAGCUGUUGUCCCUUCGACAGCAAAUAUUGAUGUGCUGAUGGAUGCAGAGUUUUGUAUCGACGAGGUGCCGAUGAUCGAGCCGCAUGAGAUCAUGAUGUUCUUGUUUCACAACUCAUCUUCAUCGUCGUCGGCGGCAUCAUUGUCGUCUUCUUCUUGUUCUUCAUCUUUAGAUCCUUCAGAUGAAUUGAAGGAGCUUGAUGUCUCAUGUUUGUUUGAGCAAGAGUACGCAGAUUACCAAUAACUAACUAUUGUUAAAUGA